AUGAAUGAGAGACAUCAACAUAUUCCGGCUUCGUCCGCGAAUUCCUUUCUUCCGGAGGAGCAAAGAUCUCUCCUGGUUCAUCCUACUUUGAACAGCGACAUUAUCGAGGAAGACACGCAGCCUGAACGCGCUGCUCAUGGUCAAAAUGUCUCUUGGCUCUCCGCUUAUAUGCUUAUCAUAUCUCGCAUGGUCGGAUCGGGUGUUUUUGCGAUGCCCGGAGUUGUGACCCAGACGGCCGGCAGCGCGGGCAUGGCGCUGUGUGUUUGGAUCAUGGGGGCCAUCAUAACAGUGUGUGGAACUGUCAUUUCCCUUGAAUAUGGGUGUAUGCUGCCACGAAGUGGGGGCGAUAAGGUCUAUCUGGAAUUCACGUAUCGACGGCCGCGUUGGCUCAUGUCCACUAUCAUUGCUGCCCGCGCCGUUCUACAGAUGAUGACUGCCAAUAACUGCAUUAUCUUUGGGGAAUAUCUGGUAUAUGGCAUAUCUCCGGAGUCUUCUGACUGGGCUCGUAAGGUAGCCUCGCUGGGUUUGUUGUUGGGCUGUGCCCUAAUCCACGGCUUCUUCCUCCGCCUCGGAAUACAGAUACAAAAUACUCUCGGCUGGUGUAAAAUCGGUCUGAUGGUCCUUGUCGCUCUAACAGCCAUGAUCACCGUGUUAUAUAGGAGCACCGGCUCAUCUUCCCAACUCCCUUCGGACUUUGUGGUCGCAUCUCCCCAAUCACCGGGACCAUGGGAAGGCUCAAACUGGGGCUUUGAGGUUUUGUCCCUGGCAUUGUUCAAAGUACAUUACGCCUACGCGGGCGUAGAAAAUGCAAAUAACGUCCUGAACGAGAUACGGGACCCUGUCCGCAUGUUGAAACGAGUGAUUCCACUGGCUAUCCUCAGCGUGUGCUUUCUCUACAUUCUCGUCAAUAUCGCAUUUUUCAUGGUCCUGCCGCUAGACGAUCUGAAGCACAGUGGGGAGAUGGCAGCGGCAUUAUUUUUUCGCACGCUGUUUGGGAAUCGCCUUGGAGGCGUGUUGAUGCCCAUACUGAUUGCCAUCUCUGUGGCCGGAAACGUCAUGGUCGGCAUUUUCAGCAUGCCUAUCGCGCAGUCGAGAUUAAAUCAAGAGAUCGCACGCCAGGGCUUCCUUCCCCGAAUUUUCGCCUCCUCUAGGCCGUGCAAUGCACCGCUGGGCGGCGUGAUUGUGAAUUUGGUUCCUUCGGCGUGCAUUAUCCUCAUGAUGCCAUCCAAGGAUACCUACUCUUUUAUCUUGAGUGCUGAGGGGUAUUCUGGUCAGUUUGUAAGUGUUGGCCUGGCGGCCGGGCUGCUGUGGCUGCGACGUACAAGACCAGAUCUCCCCCGUCCAUUCCGCGCGUGGCUGCCCUUGGUCUGGUUUCGGUUGGGUUUGUGCGUCGUCAUGGCCUUGGGCCCAUUCAUGUCCCCUAAAGAUGAACAAAAGCCAGGUCAGCCUCAACCGUGGCGCGGAGCAUACGCGCUUGUUGGGAUUGCAAUAAUUGCCACCGCGGCCCUAUAUUGGCUCACCUGGGCAAGGAUAUUACCUCACUGGAAGAAUUACGCCUUACAAGAACAGAGUGGAAUCUUAAAGGAUGGUACGACUUAUAAAAAGAUUGUCCAUAUCCCUCGCGACGAAUAG